ACGUCAAACGUACAGUUUCGUACACCGACCAUCCGUGCACCAGCAACUACUCACGCUGAAAACUGUAACGAAAGCAGCAGGACCUCAAAAAGCAGCGAGGAAGAUUCGGCGUAUGCCGGCUUCGGUAGCACCAGUCCGGCGUCGUCAACUCAAAGCUCUAUGAGCUUGCAAUCAAGCUCGUCAAAGGGAUCACACGAGGUCGAUUGUCAACCCGAGCCCGUGAUUGAAGAAAAGGCCUCCACUCCAGAGCUGCUGAUGAAACGACGUGGGAGCGACAGCCAGGACAAGCCGACUUUGGCGGUGAAAGGCGUGUCUUCUCGUCUUCCACCGACGGCCGAAAAAAUGGAGCCGGAAAUGGAAGCAGAGACGCCGAAGUCAGAUCUGCCGGAAGUCAAGAAGGCUGCAGCACUACCAAGUCCGACUGUGGGUGUCGUGAGUCCGAUGCUUAGUCAGAGACGGGCAGACAAUCCAGGUUAG